GCGACAACGGUGCGAUCCGGAAAUCUUCGACAUCCAAAAAUGGCGUUUCUUGCGUAGCUUACCGCCACAUUAAAGUGCGUUCUGGUUUUCGAUAAACGAGUGGAGCCGCUGCGCCGGUUCUUCGAAAGGAAAAUCGCGUAAACCGAGGAACAGUGUUGGAGGAACGGUUUCGUGAGGCUCCGUGCUCAGGAGGUUGCUUUACAGAAUAACGACGAGGGAAAAUGGAAUCAACGGAACAAUUACGACCGGAAGAAUUGGUCGGCCUGGUGGCCCGGUCAGCAGAGGGUACAGCGGCGAAAGGAAUGCCUAUCAAAGGGCACGAAGACCUCUGGGUGGAAAUUCAGGCGAACACGUUCAGGAAUUGGGUGAACGAACACUUGAAACACGCGGUGGAUGCUGGAAACGGUCCUGUGAUUGAUCUCGUUGAAGAUUUUCGGGACGGCACGCGACUCUGCGCUCUCGUCGAGGUGCUCACCAAACGACGUUUACCACGAUGGAAUCCCAGACCGGCUAAUCAACAUCAUCAUCUCGAGAAUGUUUCUACUGCUCUUCAAGCCAUCGAGGCUGACGGUGUGAAACUCGUCAACAUCGGUAACGUAGAUAUCGUCAAUGGAAAUUUGAAACUGAUCCUUGGUCUGAUAUGGUCGCUCAUUGUAAGGUACCAAAUAGGCAAGUCCAAGUUCCCUCCAAGGAAACUCAUGCUCGCAUGGCUCAAGGCAGUCUUACCGGAAUGCAGAGUCAAUAACUUCACCACAGACUGGAACUCUGGUGUAUAUCUGAGCGCGUUGCUUGAUUAUUGCCAACCAGGUCUAUUCCCUCAGUGGCGUCGACUUGAUCAUAACGAUAGCGUAUACAAUUGCCGAAAAGCUAUGGAGAUUUCAAAACGCGAAUUCGAUAUACCUAUGGUACUGGAACCAGAGUACCUUGCAUCUCCAUAUUUGGACGAACUAUCAGGAAUGACCUACUUAUCGUACUUCAUGAAGGAAGGUUCGCCGGGUUUUCACUCAACGUUACGAUGGGUUAACUCGCAAUUAUCUCAUCAUCCAGUAGAAAACUUUACGACCGAUUGGAACGACGGCAGAGCAUUGUGCAGCAUUGUCAGAAAUUUGGGUGGACCUGCUCCGGCUUACGAUAAAAUCGAUACCGAUCCUUCUGCAUGGGAAUAUAAUAUACAAAUGGGUAUCGACGGAGGCAAGAAACUAGGUGUAGAGCCUAUUCUUAAGGCAAAAGACAUGGCAGAUCAAAACGUAGAACACUUAGGCGUUAUGGCGUAUGCGGCGUAUUUUCAAUGGGUAAAGCCUCGCCCUCAAGCGAGCAAGCAAAUCGUUGUCCACAUUGAUAGCACUUCCGCCAGAGUGCAACAACCGGCGCAUUUUAAAUUAGAGAUUCUUACCAAAGAAGUAAAUACAAGGGAAGUACGUGGUGAAGUGAUAAGUCCAAGCGGUCGAAUAGAAUGUAGACUUACGUGGAAUGGUGUACAUGGGAAAGGAACAUUUCUACCUACAGAAGUCGGAAUGCACAAGUUAAUGGUAUAUAACGACGGAGAAUUAGUAGAUGGAUGUCCCUAUUAUUUCAGAGUUUUACCAACCCUGACCAAAAUUAAAUCACCUGGUAUGGAUCCGUGCGCUAUAGGAUCUAUCGUUGAAGUUCUAGUCAACAGUUACGGAACUAGUCAUGAUGGCAUUGAUGUGACUGCAUGGUCCCCUACUGGGAGAUCUCUGUCGUGUCCUGUCAAAGAGAAUGAUGGAGUACACACUGCGACAUUUCAACCUGACGAGACAGGUGAAUGGAGUAUCGCGAUAACUCAUAAAGGAAAUCACAUACAAGGUGGACCAUUUACGUGCUUCGUAUUUGACCCUAAUGGAAUAAAGCUGUUGGAUACGGAGGGUGCUAUGCCCGGACAGCCUUUUUCCUUUACCGUUGAUGCAACAGGAACCGGAGGUCUUGGCGAUGUAAUAAUAGAUUUAGUCCACGACAAGCAGUCCGUUCCUUUCAGAAUCGAAGAUUUUGGACAUAUGCAAUAUCGAGUCUCAUUCGUUCCGGCAGAUUCCGGAAAGUACAGAGUUUACAUAUACUUUAACGGUUCUGACGUUCGAGGUUCUCCGUUUUCUAUUCGAGUCGGAACUCAAAAAGGAUCCAGAAGAUCGAAGGAAUCUAGCCUCGAAAGAUCAAAGUUGUCUUCGUUGGAAAGACGAAUGAACGGCUUAAACGUUUCGGUUGGAACUGAUCGAUCGAGUCCUGUACAAAAAACAUAUUCUUCACCUACGUAUAAAAUGUCGAGCCCGACGCAACACGUACGCGAGUAUUCUCCUGUACAACAGGCUACCUCUGCUUAUAAAACAUCGAACAAUUACACGGUGGAAAACUCUAGUUCAACGUACCAUGCUUCGACGGCAUCCUUUAACCAUACGCGAUCUCCGAAUCAUAGCCACAGUCCUGUUUCACGAAAUCUUCACAGCCCAUCCAUGGUCAAAGAUACGAAAGAGAUUUAUUCUAGUACUACGUACAAUCAAUCGAGAUCAUCUCCGACUGUACAAAGCCCUAGCUUUCUGAAGGAAUCGAAAGAUGUUUAUACGUCCAACACGAUAAAUAGAUCUCAUUCUCCGAAUCCAAGUCCGACUACACAUACCUCGAGAUUUUCUCCGGUUAUUAAGGAGUCCCGUGAAAUUUACAGUUCAGGAUCUCUUAAGAGAUCUCAGUCACCGAAUAGAAGUCCAAUGGCAUAUCGUAGCGCAACUCAAAGCCCUGUUAAUAGAAGCUUCAGUCCGAGAAAUAACGACAGAGACAUCAGUUAUAACAGAAAAGAUUGCACGGUUGAUAAUGCAACGGUUGAUACGAGCAGUAACGUUAGAGUAUCGUCUAUGGUUGGCGGAACCUCUAGACGAGAUUCAUGGGACGCCAUAGAAAAAACAAAAUCUUUACUAUCGUACGGUAGUUUAGAAUCCCUUGCCAAUCUGACCAAUAAUUCUGUUACCGUUGAAAACAAAAGUAACUCUACUUACUUCAACAACAAUUAUAAGAAUACUCAGAGUUACAGUUCGAAGAAUAUGUCGCACACUCACAAUAAUUCAUCUGAUUUUACGUCAACUCAAAAACUUUUCGCUUCCGAGUACAACAAUACAUCUCAAAAAUAUAACAGUGAAAAUCAUAAUGCUCGCACGCAAACACAUGGGAUUCUCAAAAAUAAAAAUAAUAAUUAUUACAAAAGCACAGACGUCACUGAUGGAGUUCACAAUCGAUAUUUGAAUAAUGGGCUUUCCAGUUCGUCCGCACAAGCCAAGAAUUACGGGUUUGUAACUGGAAGUGCACUUGAAAUGCUACCGAUUCAUAAACAAGCUACCUUUACUAUAGAUCAAAGUAUAGAUCCAAAUAAAGUUAUCGUCACCGUCUCUGGCCCAAAUGGUAAAGUAAUUCCGGUACAAAAAUCAACUCUUCGAGGUUUAACAUACACGAUUAUUGCCGAAGAAGUUGGGGAACAUACCAUUCAAAUUCUAGUAAAUGGUCAACAUAUCCAAGGCUCUCCUUUCAGAACGCAAGCAUACAACGCUCGUGCUAUUCAAAUUGGGAACAUUCCGAAUGGCGUUGCCAAUCAACCAGUAGAAUUUGAAAUUGACGGAUCCAAAGCCGGAUCUGGUAAUCUAGAGAUCCUCGUGAAUGGUGGUCACGUAACUAGUUUUGUCAAAGCGUUAGGUAGUCAACGAUUUCUGGCAUCGUUUGUACCUCAUGAAGCUGUUGUACACCUCGUAGAAAUGACAUUCAAUGGUGAAGUAGUUCCUGGAUCACCUUGGCGUGUGGGCAUUAUGCCAGCCCCAAAAAUGUCAGUGAUUGGGGAUUCCAUAAGGUUGGUCCCUGCCGGUAGUCCAGCCCUUUUUGAACUGUCUGCUCUUGGCUUUAAUAGUAAUGAAAUUGAUGUACAAAUUAUAACACCUUCUAAGAGAAACACACCUGCAAGAAUUGAUGAAGAGCCAGGUAGACCUGGAGAAUUUCGUGUUGAAUUUACUCCAGUAGAAGUAGGCAGUCAUCUUGUAGAAGUAACCAUCGCGGGACAGAAGCUACCGGCAGGACCUCUAGUUGCUAAGGUGUACAACAGCAGUUUGAUACAAGUUACUGACGUACCCAGUGCUGUAGUAGGACAUGCCUGCCAAUUUAGAGUUGAUGCUAGUGCUGCUGGUGAAGGACAACUUGAAAUUUCUAUAAAUGAAGGGGAAGUACCCAAUCAUGUUCAAGUAGUAGGAGGAGGACGCUGUCUUGUCUCUUUUACACCUGAAAUUGCAAAACCACAUUACAUUGAUAUAAAAUUCAAUGGAGAAGCAGUGAAAGGCUGUCCCUUUAUUUGUAAUGUAUCUGAUACCAGUAGAGUAACAUUAAGUUUAAGUCAUCUGGAAUUAAUUCCAGUAGAUCAACCUGCUAGUUUUCAUAUGGGAGUUGAUGGUAGUGGUAGUGCAGAACUUGCAGUUUCUGUAAGAGGACCAAAUAGUGAAUUACCUGUAAAAGUAACUGGAGAUAUAAAGAGUGGUUUUACUGCAGAAUUUAUUCCAAGAGAUGUCGGUGUCCAUUCAAUUAGUGUUGAAUAUAAUGGUCACCCUGUAAAUGGCACACCAUUCUUAGCUAAGGCAUUCAAUGCAGAUAAAGUAUUAAUAGGUCCUGUAGCUAGGGGUAGUGUUGGCCAACCAACACACUUCACCGUCGAUGCAAGUCAAGCUGGUGAAGGAAACUUAGAAAUUACGAUAUCAGCUCGUAGUCAGAACAUACCUACUCAAGUCACGCCGCAGGGAAAUGCACGAUUUUCAGUUAGUUUCGUACCAUUUGAGGCGUGUGAACACAUAAUUAAUAUAGCCUUCAACAAACGUACAGUACCAGGUUGCCCGAUUUUAACUCGGGUAGGUGGUGAUAGUCAUGUAACAGUGAGUGGGCAGGCAUUAAGCAGUGCUGGAUUAGGACGACAAAGUUAUCUUACCGUCAGUAAUGUUGCCGGUAGCUUGGAGGAUUUAGAAGUUAAUGUUGAAGGACCCAACGGACAGGCCGUACCCGCUCAAGUCACUGACAACAAAGACACAACGUGCAGCGUAGCAUUUACACCAAGAGUUGUCGGAGAGCAUAGAAUUUCGGUAAGCCAUCGGAAUGUUCCCGUGAUUGGUAGCCCAUUUAGCUGCAAAGUGUAUGACGUGACUGCUAUCAAAGUAAAGGAUGCGAAACAUGGUGUUAUUGGAAUACCUGUAACUUUCUUAGUUGAAACCAGUCAGGCAGGCCCAGGAAACUUAGAAGUGACGGUAAACGGUGGUCGUGUACCUACAUCUGCUCAAGCUCAAGGUCCGCACACGUACGCGAUAUCUUUCACACCUCGUGAGCCAAUUGUACAUACCGUGGAUUUAAGGUUUAAUGGAGAAGAUGUACCUGGUAGUCCCUUUAGUUGUCAGGUAAGCGACACAGCCAAAGUAAUAGUGACUGAAGGGCUCGAAAAAGUAUCUGUGAAUCGGCUGACAACAUUUACAAUAGAAGCAGAUGCUUCCUUGGGAACUCCUACUGUAGAAGUUCUCUCACCAACUAGAGAAAGUUUACUCGUUAAUGUUAAACUAAGUGGACAUGGCUGUUACGCUGCAGGAUUCACACCUAAAGAUGUUGGUGAUCAUAGUGUCGAAGUAAGAAUAAGUGGAUCGCAUGUGGAGGGCAGUCCGUUCUUGGUAAAAGCUUACAAUGCCGAUAAAGUAAAAGUAACAGAUAUAAAUAGCGGUGUUGUUGGUAAACCAGUCUUCUUUAGCAUCAAUGCUAGUCAAGCAGGUGCUGGUAAUCUUGAAAUAAUUGUUGCCGUUAAUGGUAAAAACGUACCGAAUUAUGUACAAAGCGAAGGAAAUGCAAAGUUUAGAGUUAAUUUCAAACCACAAGAAGCUGCUGUACACAGUCUUAGUGUUCGUUUUAACGGAGAACCUGUUCCAGGUUCACCAUUCAGCUGUAAAGUAGUUGGCGCAGGUCAAGCUCUAAUUACGGGUCAUAAUUUAAAAAUGGGAGCUGUAAAGCAAUUAAUAUCCUUCAUCGUGGAUCCACAAGCUCCUUCAAUAAAUUGCGAUGUAAUCGCAACACCUCCGUCCAAUAUAUCUCUUCCUAUUACAAUAGAACCUGUGGAUGGAAAAUAUAAUGCCAGCUUCGUGCCUUUGGAAGUGGGCAGGCAUAAUAUUAGCGUAUUAGUGGACAACGAACACGUAAAAGGUUCUCCAUUUGCUUGCAAUGUUUACGACGUUACAAAGGUUCACGUAUCGGGUCUUACGGAAGCACUACUGGGUCAAGCAACGACAUUCACAGUUGACGCUGCAGAAGCUGGUGAAGGUACAUUGGAACUAGUAGUGAGCACGGAGAAUAAUACAGUUAAAGCUGAAGUAGUUGCCUGUGCUCGGGGAUUAUACGACGUAACAUUUGUUCCUCAAACCACUAGUACUCAUUACGUGAAUAUUAGUUUCAACGACGACAAUGUACCAGGCAGUCCAUUUAAAUGCCCAGUAGUUAGUACGAUGCUGGAUGGACCAUCUAUGAUUCGUGUUGGUAACACAGCGUACAUGGAUUUAGAAAUGCCAGGAUUGGAAGGUCCGGUAUCUGCAGAAGUUACGGGCCCUGAUGGUAUAAUCAUCCCGUGCACGUUGACAAAGUUAUCGCCUAAUUUAUAUCGAGUGGAAAUUCGAACGCGGCAAGUUGGCACUUAUAGCGUAAUAUUCAGCGAUGGUCACAAAGUGAUCAGUUCUCAAACACUUCAGGCUUUCGAUCCUGGGAAAGUAACAAUUAAAGAAGUAUCAGAUGUAGUUUGUCAUCGACCGGGAACCAUUAUAGUGGUUGCACCGAAAGAGGCCGGGCCUGGAAAAUUGAACGUAAAUGUACGCGCCGCCGGGGCUGACGUUGAUAGUGUAGUCAGAGAAGGAGAAAAUGGUCACUAUGAAAUAAUGUUUCAUCCUACACGAGCAGCUCCCCAUAAGAUCCACAUAAAAUAUAACGAAGUUCACAUAACGGGAAGUCCAGUGGAUGUAACGGUUCGUGGUCCUACUGGAGGAAGAGAAGUAACUGCAACAGGAUUAGGGUUGUACCAAUCAUGUGUUGGCAAAGUGACUUCAUUUACUAUUGAAACGUUAGGGCGUCCUGGAAAAGAAUUUGAUGUUGUAAUUAGCGGACCUCAAGGUAAUGCAGUUCCAGUGCGGUGUUACCAACAUCGAGAUGGAAAUUUGCUUGCUGAAUUUACAACAAGCACUGUUGGAACCUAUAAGAUCGAUGUACUGCAAGGUACGAAACCAGUUUUGGGUUCCCCUUUCUUUUGCCAAGCGUUCGACGUGUCCAAAGUGAAACUGCAGGAACUGGGUCCAAUGACAGUAUCUGUACAUGAUCAUAUCGCGUUUAAAAUAAUGAAAACAGAUGCUGGAAUGGCGGAUUUGGACGUAGUUUCAACAAGUCCGUUAGGUCAAGAGCUUCCAUUACAAGUAACUCCGCUGAAUGACGGUGCUGAAAUGGUUGAAUUUUCUCCCAGUGUACCUGGUACAUAUAUGAUUAACAUUACGUACGGAGGGUGUUCCAUACCCGGCAGCCCGUUAAUGUGUACAGUUGAUGCAGCUGGACAAGCUCGUGCAAAAGGAGAAGGUUUAUUAAGUGGCCACGUAGAUAAACCUGCGCAUUUUAUUGUUACUGGCACAAGAAGUCCUCCAGCAGUUCAGGUGGAUGGCCCUGAUAGCGUUUCGAAAGCGAUUAUAGAAGCCGGAGCUAAUCCAGGCACUUGGAACGUGUCCUAUGUUCCAAACGAAGUUGGAGUGUUCGAUAUUAGAGUUGUUUCUGCUGGGCAACAGCUACCAGGAUCUCCUUGGCAUCCAAAAAUUAUAGAUUCGCGAAAUCUUCGUGUAAUCGGUGGCUGGCCAGCUGUGUGCGACGAUAUCGGACGGUUGAAGUUACAUCCAUCGAAUAAAAUCAGUUUUGAUACUGCGGAAGCUGGGCCUGGUGAGCUAACUGGGAAAAUAGGAGAUCAUAUAUUAUCCUUUGAAAUGACUUCAAAUAAUAGACUGAAACUCAGUCCACCACAAUUAAACGGUGGGGAGCAUCGUUUUGAAAUAUUUUUCAACGGAAUACCAUUCCCGGGAGCUCCGAAGCUAGCAAUUGUACAGGAUUUAGAGCCGCCCAUACAAGACACAAGCCGUGUCUUGCUGAGAGGAAGAGGAUUAACAACAGCGAAAUGCGGAGAAGAAGUUAGUUUCACGAUAGACGGUUCUCAAGCUGGUACAGGAACGCCAAAAGUUCAACUGUUUUCACCAACUAACGAACUGAAUGUGGUGUUACAGCAUUUAGGAGAUAGCGUUUACCGGGCAAGUUACAUACCAUUGACACCUGAUCCCCUUUUAAUGACUGUGUCUUGGAAUGGGAGACAGUUAAAAGGAUGUCCUUUACAAAUCAAUGUAACGAGUGCAGCCGACGCAUCGCGAGUCAUUUGCUCUGGCGAUGGAUUGAAGCAUGGUAUAGUUGGACAAGAAAUAAGAAGUUUUAUCGAUACAAGGCGCGCUGGUCCUGGUGAAUUAACAGCACAUUGCGUCGGCCCCCAUAAAGUGGCUUAUUGCGAAUUAUACGAUCAUGGUGAUGCAACGUUUACGUUGAAUGUAAAACCUCAAGAGGCUGGACGACAUGCGUUAACGAUCAAAUAUGCCGGAGAACACGUUCCAGGCUCUCCUUUUACGUUACGCGUUUCCGGAGCUCCCGAUGCUUCGAAGGUUCGAGUUUACGGACCAGGAAUUGAGCAUGGAGUAUUGGCAACGUUUCAAUCACGUUUCAUUUGCGAUACUCGUGGUGCCGGAGCCGGUCAGCUUACGGUGAGAGUUCGGGGACCUAAAGGAGCGUUUAGAGUAGAAAUGCAGAGGGAGACUCAAAAGGAUCGUAUAAUACUUUGCCGAUACGAUCCAACGGAACCAGGCGAUUACAGAGUCGAAGUUCGUUGGGCAGGCGUUCUCGUACCUGGUUCUCCAUUUCCUGUUAAAAUUGUCGACACACAGGAUGAAUUAUUAAUGUUAGCACAGGUAAACGACAAUUAUUCAACGGGACAUCAUACUAUCGCAUCGUGGCGUGGAUCACAAGCUAUAUUAUAA